CCAUUAUCAACAGUAGCCGCUUUAAAAAUAGUGUAAUUCCUUUGUUUCUGAGGAUUGUCUAAAGUCAUAGGAAAUCCUGCCAGGAACCUACAAGUCCAUAGCAUUAGUAGAUCUUUCAUUCAGGAGUUGAAUACAAUGAAAUUUCCACAAGAUUCCUUUCUCUUCACUUUUCUUCCGACUUACCGUCUAGCCAGUGUCAGGAAGUGGAGCUGAGUUGGCAGUAUAUGGCGGGAGUAUACACCAUCCCAGAGGAGGCUGUAAAAGCUCAGUAAGUGGGAGAUGACAGAGCCAACGUACUGCCUGUGUUAGGGGAGCAACAGAACUCCGAUAGCGAUGUAAAUUAUUGGAGCAGUGUUCAUCUAGGGAAUUGCAGACAGACAAAGCAGCUCUGAGGAAAUGCAUCCCUGUCAAAGAAACUUUGUUUCAGCUGAGGCUUGAAUAACAGCAGAAAUGAAAAGCAGAGUAAUCUGGUGAGGGGGAAAAUGAACUGCAGAAACUUAUAAGGAAGAGGUUUACUCAUUCUGCCCAGAGGCUGAACCAGCAGAGACAGCAAAGCCAACGUGAUUCAUUAAAUGAAGAUACUGGACAAUUACCACCAACUUGUGCAUAUUUUGCCUUGGAUAGCCUAAGCUGGAACUACUAGGUGAAAAUGACACAGCAAAUGCAUAAUUUAAGUCUCCUCCAGACUAAAAAGAACAGCAUGCCUUCUUCUCCAAAUGCUGCAAAGCGGUUGUAUCGGAACCUGUCAGAGAAGCUGAAGGGGAGUCAUACAUCCUUUGACGAAGCAUAUUUCCGAGCUCGAUCAGACCGGCUCAGUCUCCGUAAGACCUCAAUGAAUUUCCAGUGCAAUGAAGCUAUGUUUGAGGCCGUAGAACAGCAGGAUCUGGAUGCUGUUCAGAUUCUUCUUUAUCAAUACACACUGGAGGAACUGGACCUGAACACACCAAACAGUGAAGGACUAACUCCAUUGGAUAUUGCCAUUUUGACAAACAAUGUCCCUAUUGCUAGGACUCUUCUACACGUUGGGGCAAAGGAAAGCCCACACUUUGUUGACAUGGAAAGCAGGUCAAUGCAUCUGAGUACAUUGGUCCAGGAAGCCCAGCAGCGAGUUACUGAACUGUCUGCACAAGUGAUGAAUGAAGGCCUUGGUACAGACAACACAGAAAAAGAGAAGCAACUAAAAGCAUGGGAAUGGAGAUACAGGCUAUACAAGCGCAUGAAGGCAGGCUACGAGCAUGCUAGAGCCCCUGAGGCGCCAACCAAUGUCUGUCUCAUGGUAACAAGCAGUACAUCACUCACUGUCACCUUCCAAGAACCUCUGAGUGUCAACUCAGCUGUGGUGACCAAGUAUAAAGUGGAAUGGAGCUGUACGGAAGACUUUUCUCCAUUGGCUGGUGAAAUAAUUAUGGAUAAUCUUCAGUCUUUGAGGUGCUCCAUCACAGGUCUCAGAACAGGUCAGAGGUAUUAUGUUCAUGUUUCAGCAUACAACAUGAAAGGAUGGGGACCUCCACGCAAAUCUACUCCUGCAUAUGCUUCUCCUUCAAACUGGAAAGACUGCAGUGGAAGAGAACCUCGGCACAGGGGACACACUGAGGCCCUGGAACGUCUCCUUCAGCAGGUUCGAGCAGCUCAUCAGCAUUAUAAUUGCAGAGAAAGUUCCAAAUUACAGAAUGCUGGUCGCAAGCAAUCAGUCUCUAGGAGCCUGAAGCACCUGUUUCAUUCAUCGAACAAAUUUGUGAAGACUCUGAAACGGGGACUCUACUUAUCUGUUAUAUUUUUUUACAAAGACAAUUUAUUAGUAACCAAUGAAGAUCAAAUCCCAAUUGUGGAAAUUGAUGACUCUCACAGUAGUUCAAUUAUGCAGGAUUUCCUGUGGUUCACAAAGUUGUCUUGUAUGUGGGAUGACAUCAGAUGGCUGAGGCAGAAUAUGUCUAUAUCCGUGUCCUCAUCAACAACACUUCAAGCCAGGCAGAAGAUGCUUUCUGCAGCAGCACAGCUACAGAAUUUGCUGGGAACUCACAACUUAGGCAGAGUUUUUUAUGAGCCCAUCAAGGAUCGACAUGGCAAUAUACUGCUAGUUACUAUAAGAGAAGUGGAGAGUCUUUAUUCAUUUUUUAAUGGUAAAUGGAUGCAGGUAUCCAAACUACAAAGCCAGAGGAAAUCCCUUUCAACUCCAGAGGAGCCAACAGCGUUAGACAUUUUGCUUAUAACAAUCCAGGACAUACUUUCCUAUCACAAACGAAGUCAGCAACGCCUUCCUCCUGGCUUGUAUUUGGGUUACCUUAAACUCUGCAGUUCUGUGGAUCAAAUCAAAGUUCUCGUGUUGCAGAAGUUGCCUAAUGUCCUGUGUCAUGUCAAAAUCCGAGACAACAGCAAUGUCUCCAAAGAUGAGUGGGAAUGGAUCCAAACACUUUCUGGCUCAGAAUCUGUGGAAAGUAUGGAUCAUACUUCAGACUGCCCUACUCAAUUGUUCUUGUAUGAGCUCCAGAUGGCAGUGAAAGCUCUCCUUAAACAGAUCAAUCUACCUCUGCAUCAGGCUAAGCACUUCCGUCUGUAUACACAGGAGGUGUUGGAACUGGGUCACAAUGUCUCCUUUCUUCUCCUGCUCCCCGCCUCAGACGACGUCUGCACUGCCCCAGGACAGAAUAAUCCUUACACCCCACACUCAGGAUUUCUUAACCUCCCUCUUCAGAUGUUUGAACUCGUUCAUUUUUGCUGUUACAAGGAAAAAUUUAUAAGCCUGUAUUGCCGCCUUUCUGCUGUCAUAGAGCUGGACUCUCUGAAAACCCAGCAAUCCCUAAGGGAAGCAAUUUCAGACAGUGAAGUCGCUGCAGCCAAACAAAGACACCAGCAAGUUAUGGACUACAUACAGCAAAUUGAUGAUAUCUGGAGGGAAAUGAGAUGGAUCACAGAAGCACUGCAGUAUGCCAGAUACAAGCAGCCAGCAGCUGGCCUACCAAUAAAGAAGCUUGUGAAUCUUUCAGAACACUCUCAAAAGAAAAUCAGUUCAACCUCUUCACAUCUAGAUUGUCUUCCUUCACCGCCCCCCUCACCUGACACUAGAAGCCAGAGGAGAAAAGCUGUGAGUGAUUCCCAGCCCUGCUCAGAUGAAGAAGGCUGCUCUGAAGUAUUCCUUCCAACUGACAGUGACUAUGAUUCCAGCGAUGCAUUAAGCCCCAGAGAAUUAGACUUGAUUUACUCCUCCUCACAUGACAUUUCCCAGCAGGCAGGCAGUGGCCUGGGUGGUAGUGCACCUGAUGUUCUCCAAGUCCAUGACAUGAAGCCUUGCCUAACACUGAAAGAAGGCCUGACAGAGUGUUGUGCCUUCGAUACUAAUGCUGAACAUUGCACAGAGUAUAUGAGCAAUCUAACAAUGUCAGGGAAUACAUCAAAAAGCAUAGACAAGUCCUCUAGCUCCAAGCAGCCAUUGAGCUUUUUAGGGAAAAAAAAGCUAGGGAAACAUCAGCAUUACAACUACUUCAGCAGGCAUCAUCGUUGGCUGCGUGUGCACAGUGAGACACAGUCUGCCUCUCUGUCUGAAGGCGUGUAUACUCAGCAUCUCAUGAGAUCUUCAGAUUUAUCUCAAGAACCUACCUCCAGUGAGCAGUUACAGAUUCCCAUUGAUGGAUCUCGGAGCACUUUCUUACCUCAUGCAUCCAGCCUUCCAGAAGAUGGAAAAGGCAAGUAUGAGGAAUCGAGGCAGAAUGUCCACAGGAUUUAUGUGGAACACUAUAAAACAACACUUCUGAGUGAAGAGGACAAUUCCUGGGGAGCAAGCAUGCAGGGUGUGGAACAUAAGGAUGUGCACAAUGCUAUGCAACAGAAAAUAGAUCCAGAUGAUCAGUUGGGUUCUGCUGUCUCAGAAGUAUUCAGCAGCACACUUUAACCCCAGACUUCUACAUUGCUUCCCAUUGCUCCACAAGGAGAUAGUAAGCAUCAUACAAAUAGGGCCAUACUUUCAAAAUCACUUGUAAAAAUCCAGCUUCUGAAAAUGGCAACUUGUGUCACUUUAAAGAAUCCUAAUCAUUUGACUUCAUCGCCAGAUAUCUGGUCUUACAGCGGUAUCUGUCACGAUGCAAGCAUUAUUAUUUGCACUGGCGGUUUUGCAGGUAGGGUCCUAACAGUCACCACAUAGCAGAACACUUUGUGGGUGCAAAUCUAGUAAUCAGUUUUUGCACUUCUCGUGAUUUUCACCUAUCUCUGAGCAUGCAAAAUUUUAAGCAUGAGUGCUUCUGCCUGCAAUGUAGCAGAUGCGGUAACAUCCUUGGUGUGCUCAUGUUAGGACUGUGUCCUAAUAUUCUAUUAAUGUGUUUUCCACCAUUUCCUAUAAAUUUUUCUAUUUCUCAGCCCUCCUGAAUAUAUAGGUUGCAUGUAACUAAAGUGCUAACUGGUCUAGUAAUACAAUUAUCCCAGAGUUUCUAGCCAGUUACAGAGACGUAAAAAUUCAAAAGUUAUCACUGACAUUGCAUGCACCAUCUCUGAACGCUGCCAGAGCCUGAUACAAUAAUCAUCACACUGUUUGAGGUGUGGGCUUUUUCUUUUCUUUCUAUUAUUUUUUUUUUUUCUCUUCAGGAGCUUAGAUUUCAAAUAAGGUGGCAGGCUAUUUUAGAGGUUUAAAAGGCAGCCAACCUUUGAGGUCAAGAACAGACAGAACGAAGCUGAGCUCCGAAUUAAUAAUAUGCAUGGUCUAAGUAGGAUCAAAGUGAAGGUUGGUCUUUUCUGCUGCCCAGCAUACAAGAAUACAUUUCUUUAUGUUGCAAGCACUCUCAGGCAGCCAUUAGAAAGAAAUGCACCUACUUUUGUUCCUGAAUAUUCAGUGUAUAUUCAGGGGUAUUUGAUCACUAUGUCUGAAAUUGGUAUAUUCUGGCAAAUCUAGUUAGGGAAAUUGGGGGUGCAGUUUGAAUCUAAGAUUUUUUAUUUGUGUCCAUGUUUGUCUAAAGGCAGAUCACAGUGAGUCACAACUUUGUCCUUUGCAACUAGAAUAAGACUUAGAGUACUACAGAAGAUGAUCUCAAAAGUGAAUGAGAACCAUAACAUUUGAGUCACUGAGAAAUGAACUAAUGUAGAGAGAAACUCCAGCUGUUGCACAAGCUUUAAUUUUUUCUUAAACAGUUCUUGAAGUUUAAUUUUAUAGGCCACAUUCCUGCUGGUUAAAUUCCCUCACUCCAUGUUUGUGCAGCCUUCUACCUUUCAAUUUUUCAGCCUCCAGGUGGAUACAUUCUAAGGCCUCCAAUAAAGAGAUUUGAGUUAAAUAGUUGAGUUUACAAGUCCUUGAGGUGAAGGUAAGGAUUUGGGCCCAUGAUCUGUGGUCCUUAUUAAAAUAGCACUUCCAUAACCCCAGUGCUAUUAAAACCCCUGUGAACUCAAUCCAUAAAUUCAAAAAUAAAUGUUAUUCACUAUUUCAUGCUUGGUCAGUAUGCAGAAGCCAAGAAGAGUCCUUGCAGUGAUAUAAGGGCAAAAACUUUCUAUAAGGGAUUUACAUUUUUAAAUUCUCUUUUUUUGGAGGUGAGGGAAGUUAACUUUUUGCACCAAAAGUAUUCAUUACCUGAUCCAGUUCUCAGUGAGGGUGGAAAGACUGCCGUUCACCUCCACAGGCUUUGAAUGGGACCCAUACUGAAAAUUCCUGUGGGUGAGAAGAUGGGGGGAGCAGAAGUGUCAGUGCCAACUUGCAGCUGUAAGGACACACAGUGUACGUUUUAUGCCACAUGGAAUUGCACGGGAAAAACCCAACUCACAAACCAUAGCACCAAACAGUGAUGUUUUACUGUCACUGAAGGCAGCAACAGCUUGUUACAUUAGAUUAUGUUCAUUAGCAGAGGGCUCUUUACCAGGGAGAGCCAGAGCAAUGUGUAUUCAGAAGUCAAAAUAAUUCACAUUGUUUUCUAGUAUACAGCAUCGAGCCCAUGCUCCCCUAACCUGUUUAUCCUCUAAGCAAAACUGCCAUGUAACUGUUUAUUAAAGAAUAAAAAUAACAAUAUGCUGAGGCCAUAUGUUUUUGCAGAAAGUGAAGAGAUAAAAGAUGAUGUUCCUAAAAUGAAACCCACCCUGCUUUGCUUUGGCUCUUCAAGGAAAAGAAAAAAAAAAAAAAAAAAAACCACCACCACCAACAAAACAAAAAAAAAAACAGGCAAAAAAAAGGAAAAAAAAAAAAAAAAAAGAACAGUGAGGGCAAGAGGUAGUAAAAUCUACACCAGAAGAACUGGUACACACUGCUGGCUAGAUAAGGAUGUAAAAAUCUGUUACCUACUCCUGGUGCUAGGCUUUUCCAGAAGUAGUCAAGUAUCUAAUAAAGAGCUGGAUUUUUUUGCUGGCAGAAAGGGCUUGACUUUAUCAUAAUUUUGCCUACAUGCAUGCGCUAAGAAGACAGAAUUUGAAUCUAGGAGUGCAAAUGCCAGCCAUGGUCUAUACCACUUCGAUUUUAACCUUGUUAUAUGGAAGUGGUGUUUAUGUGAUGUCCAAUGAGGCAUACUUCCUUGAUCCUACUGAGGCUCUUCCAAAACUUUAAUAGUCAAAAUAGUAAAUGAUAGUUCUGACUUUAAAUAUUUUUGGUUAUAAAGCACUGAGUUAUCUUUUAGAAGAAAUAUUUGUCUUUGUUCUAAAUUGCUAUUCCUGCCUAUUCAGUGAGUCAGCAUAAAGCAGCUCCUUAAAAGAAUAGUAAUGAACACCCAGAGAUAAAUAGAUAGUAGAAAGAGAUGUCUUUCAAGUACUGUCAUAAUACUAAUCAUAAUACUUCUGUGGUUCUCUUAGGAAGAUCACUCUCAUGUUUCACAAGCAACUACAGCAAUUCAGAAGAAUCCUGUGAAAUUCAGCACUUUUAUCCCCACUUCAUAGAGGCACAGAAGGAUUCAGUGACUGCUCUGAGUAGACCUUAGAGUAAAGGCUCAAAGUAAGGAAUCAAAUUUAAAUUAAGAACUUAAACCAUUGCUUUAAUCACUAGGAAUCCUUCCUCCAACCAGAGCUAGGGUCCCUCCCUGAGGAUUCUUGCACAGACACAGGAAACACUGAGGCUCAGAGCCCAGAGCAUACUAGAAUUCUGUGAGUCAGCAAACAGCUCAUUUAAAUGAGUCUGUACCCACUUACGUCAGCUGAAGCUCAGCUCUAAAGUGGGUACUCAGGUUUUGCAAACUUCUGGAUAUCUGUCUUUCUUAUUCUUACAUCUUGGCACAGAACUUUUGUCCUGUGUUUUUCAGGCAGUUUAUCUUCGCCUAGGCUGAACCCAGUCCCUCCUAAUUUCUAGGCAUGACUUGACUGGCCAGAAAAAAAACAUAGUGCUUAAAUAUUAUAACCCUACAAAAAAAAGCAGCAGACCUAUAUCUCCUGUGGUCUGCAGCAUUCCUGUUUCUGCUGGUAGGAAGCUAGAUAUAGGUAAACUGCAAGGUUUACACUAACAAUUCUUUGUAUAUACAAAAAGGCAGACCGCUUGUGGACAGUUUGCCUGAAGAAACCUGUGGCUAAAAAGCAUUUAUUUCCCAUACUUGCAUGUGUUUUUGUUCUGCCUUUAGAUACUAAUAAACAAUUUGAUUUUCUGUACAGUAAGGGCGCACACAGAGAAAUCUAUAAAUUAAUACUUCAUUGCAGAAAUAUGCAUAUUUUAAAAUACAGGCAUUAAAGGGGGUGCAAAGGGAUGUAAUAUUUUAUCUCAAACAUUUAUGUUUAGAGUGUUUUGGAAAGAGAUGGUGCAUCUUUACAUUUCGUAUGGUAUAAAGAAAUGCAUUAAGUUGCUGGUCAACUCUUUUAAGGUGUUCAAACACAUGGCUCGUGACUGUUACGUAAAACUUCAAUACAGCCUUAUUAACAACAAGGGUAUAGUGUAUUUGAAAAUAUGGUAUACAACUUGGAAACUUACUCUGAAUUUCUCUGAGGUGUUGAACUUUGCCAUCAGCAAAAAGUAUUUUUAGAAAAGAGGCCCUGAAUUUUCAGACAACAGAGACUUCAUCAAGGUAGGUCUCUGAUUUAUCCACUACAGCAAAACAUUAAAUAGCUAGAAUACGUUAUUUUAAAAUAUAAUUUAUCUUCUGAUUUCAUGAAGGAGAAUUCAUAAGGCUAAAUCAUGCCAAUGAAGCGUGAGGCAGAGCUGUUGGCCAGUAUAUUCUCUGCAAAAACCAAGAGCAACAUUCCCCAAGUUGGGCUGAAGAGUUGUACGUUGGAGAUGUGCUCUGGCCAGUAGUUUGUCCCUCUUCUGUGCAGAAACCACAGGCACCUCUUCUAAGUAUUUGCAAAAUCAUUAGGAUUUUGUUAAUUUUCUUGUUGAUUUUACUGGACUUUGGAAUAGGCCCCAUAUACUUUUGGAAGCUGUGUAGAUGCUACUAGCUUGGAGCUCUUACCCAGUUUACUGUCUCUCAUACUGUGCUUUAGGAAUGAUGUAAGAGUCACACUAGAAUAUCUUCCUCAGCCUUUUAGUAUCACAGCAUCUUGGGGAAGAUUUAGCCUUUAAACCAGUCAUCCUAUAGAAGGGUAAAGUGUUAUUAAGCUUUCUGUCACUAGGCUACAUAAAACCUCCUAUUUUGUUCAACAAAUAAUAAGAGAUUUUUAUGUUUAUUAAUAUAUUUUUUGAAAAGUUACAUGAAAUUGAUCUAAAAUAAGAGCAAGUGCUUGGUGUAGCACUAACUGAUCUACUUUCAAACUGUGAAUUGUAGUAAUUUAUUAAGCAGAUUUUAAGCUAAACACGCAGACUUUUUGUGUUUUACUUUAUAUAAAAGUCAGGUUGGGCCCAAUUCUGCUCUCCUUGGACCUCAUUCAAGGUUCUUUUGCACCAGUGUAAAUCAAGAGUAGUUCCACUGAAGCUGAGUCAGGUAUUCAUCAACUCGUAUAAAUCAGCAGAGCUCCACUCACUCACAAGGCUGGCUCAAUCCCAGCCGAGGAUCUGGAUCAGUGGAGUCAUCAUAAAAACAACACAGUUACACUGGUGUAAAAAAUGAGAGGUGUAAGGAAGACAAAAGGGUUUUUAUCUCAUGGAAUAUUCCCCUGGAUAUCAAAGACACUGUUGUCUGAGAAGGGCUCAGAGAGCAAGCCCACCCUGCUGCUGUAUGGUACUGGGAGGGAAACACAUAGGGCAUAACACUGCUACGUUUUAUAAUAGGGACCAAAUUUCUCUCCCAUAUUAUGCAAAUGAAUCCCCUACUGAAUGCAAUGGGAGUUCCAGUUAUUUCACUGAAAAAAAAUGAAGACUGUUUAGGGUUAUUGGGGGCCUGAGGGAGGGCAAGAGGGGUUGUUUGUUUUUUUCCCCUCAGAGAAAAAGUAAUUUAAGUGAAAUGUGCAAGGCAGUGUUUAAUUGCUUCCUGCCUUGUUUGUACAUAGCAAUUUGGCUGUUUAUUGGUUGUCUUUGUUCAGAUUUUUAUUGUAACUUGUUGCUAUAUAUGCAACCAAGCGUAUGUUAAAGUUUAAACUUUGGUACAUAAUAAUGCACAAUUUUAUGUGCUUUAAAACUUUGUAAAUAUAUAGAUGAACAAUGUAUGCUGUGCUGUGAUCUUGGGACUUGACACAACAAUAUUUUCAUGCAUAUGUACCUACAAAUGGUUUGAAAAUAGCAAAAUAUAUAUUGAGGAUGGCCAUGAGCCAAGAGUAAAUGAGUGCCGUAUGACUCAUGCUUCUUUAAUAAUUCCUGAAAGAGGCAUGUAUAGUACAUAAAAUAGACAAUAAAAAUAAUUUUCAAGACUACAAAUAUUUUUUAUAACUUCAGAUAUUAAAUACUAUUUUAGAAAAAAGAUUGGUUGGUAAAAGAAAUCUUAGGUUUAUUCAAGUGAAUCAUUGUCAUAAAAAUGUUCUUAACAGAAUUUUUUGUUUGAUCUAAUAUCAUAGAAACCUAGCUCUUUUAAGCGUUAGAAGACCUGAAGUGCUCUUGCAUUCUUACAGCUCCUAUGAUCUACUAAAAUCACGUACUUCAAGUCUUCUCCCUCAUUAACAAAAAAAAAAAUGCUAGUCUAUGCAUUCACAUAAUCCUAAAUACCAUGUGUACUUCUGUCUAAUCUUUAAACUGUAUUUUUUAAAUAGGUUCUGACGAUCAUCAAGUAUCCAUGUAUGUGAGCCUUACAAUCAAUCGCAAUCUGACUGUAGCUUGUGUUCUUUCUCUGAAUUCUUUUAUUUUUACUGGAAAAGAAUUUUUUCUAAGGCCAAGCUUUGAAAUAUGGUCUCCAAAUUUUGAUUUUGAUCUGCAUUGUCAGAAAUCUAAAUUGAAUGGGCAUGGCUUCCAGACUUUGUGGGUGAAAAUAAUUUCCCAUCAAAAUCAACAGAAAUUGAAAAGCAUUUUAUAAAAAUGUAAAUACCUUAAUACAGGAGUGAUAUCUGGGUAGUUGGAUUUGAAGUGGCAUCUUUCUAAUCUGUGUGUUAUACCUGCAGAAGAAGUUGCUGGCAUACAAGCAUCUUCACAUCAAAGAAAUGAGCAGCAUAAAAAUCUUGCAGUCUGACAGACUGAGCCCUCUUUUUCUGAGCCUGAAGGCUCUCAUACAGGCUCUGUAGCUUUCAGCUGUCUAUUUACAAUGACAGCCAGACAGAAUCUGCUGUUUAUUUCUGGUGUGAAUCUAUGCUUUCAAGCCACAUUGUAAACAUACGGUAUUGUGGGUAUAUAUAAUCUGGUUGUAGUCGAGAAACACCCCAGAUAUUACUUACUGAGGCAACUACCUUAUAAAAGUGAAACACACUCUUCUGUUGUGAUUCUGUUUUUCACAUAUUCUUAUGCAAGGAAAAGAAAAGCACAGCAACAUUUCUAAUGUAGUAUAAAAUUGGGUUACUCUAUGUAAGCAAGAGAAAUAAGAAUAUUCCCAUUUUGAAUGCUGAAGAGACAUUGGAGGGAUUCUGCUUUGGGUAAUUGUUCACUUUGUUUCCAAGACGGGCAGGUUGCUAAAUGUUUUUUAGCUGCCAUGUUGUCUGAGCCUUUCAAUGUUUCAUACACUGUUCUCCCUUUUGUACAGAUAAUUCCAUAACUGGAAAAAGUGACAUGCCCAAGGUCACACAGAGAGCUUGUGACAGAGCAGGGACACAAUUUUCUGGCUAGCAUCCUUACCACAGCAUCAGUCUAUUAUCCAUAGCUUCCGCACAAGUAUAUAUGGUAAUGCAAAUGUUGAUGAAUGUUUGUGUUUCAGCCAUGACAUGCCAACUCAAUGCAAGCUUCAGAAUAAGAGCAUCCUACUGGAGUAUCUGUGGAUACUUUCACACAUGGAAAAUAUUUUAACUAAAAUGCAGCCAAAGUGGAGUUAAACGACAGAGCAAAAUAAUUCUUAAAAUGUAAGAUAAAAUGUGGGUCAUUGCUUCCUUGAUUUUUAAUUUCAAAACAUUAAGAUUGCUACCACGGUUAAGAUAGUAAAAAGAAAAACAAAUGCGAGCAUUUAGUCAUGUACAGUACUACUAUGAAAUUAACUACAAGAAACAGCACAAGGCAGAGAAGGAUUUCUUGUGUGCAUGCACUUAAAUGACUUUGAUGCACUUUUGCAUGUAUCAUGCAUUUUUAGGGCCAGGCUGUUCACAUGUUUUGCUUGCCCAGAGCUAAGAUUUUAUCUUUACAUGAGAAGAUAAGUAGGUGAACAGUGCGAUUCCUACAGACCUUUAUAGCAAGUUUGCCAUGGUUUCUUGCAAACACUGCUGUUUUAUAAUUGCCUCUGUGUUCUAUGUUAUUUUACUGAAAUGCUUUUAAACCAACUGGAAAGAAGUUAAAAAACUCUUAUAGGCAUGUUUUUGACUUGUUCUUCUGACAGCAAAAGAUAACCAUUUCGUUGUCCCAUUCAAAUGUAUUAACUUAUAUAAACUGUCAUCUCUCUGAGCGAACUAUUGUAUUUUUUAAUUUUGUCUUUAAAUAAAAGUUUGGGGUUUGA